UGAGGUCUCUGGAGAAGCUCAGCUCCAGGUGCAGGUACCAGACUCCAUCACCACGUGGCUUGCGGAGGCUGUGGGGCUCUCAGAGGAGACUGGCUUGGGCCUGGGGCAACAGGCCAGACUAAGGAGCUUCAAGGCCUUCUUCAUCGAGUUCACCCUCCCAUACCGCGUGAUCCGGGGUGAGCAGAGCAAGAUCUCCCUGACAGCCCACAACUACCUCCCGGUCUGCAUGGAGGUCCAUGUGAAGAUCUCCAUCCCCAAAGGGAUCUGGUUUGUUGGACAUCCCGGGAAGCACCACUUGACCCGGAAGAAGUGUGUGGGCCCUGGCAAGGCCAAGACGACCUCUGUUGUACUAUCCUUUGGUGAAUUGGGACAGAACAACAUCACAG